AUGCUCCCCACUUCGAAACGACUGCUUAACCAAGUCGCCCCAUCCACUACUCGCCCCUUUGGCUCGCUCGCUGCUUCCAAGUCCACGUCCACGUCAUCGUCCACGUCAUCGUCCACGUCAUCGUUCCUCCCCGCCGCCGUUCGGGCUCGUCGAAGAAACCCGACUUGGAGCUCUACACUCGCCGCAUUCGGGUGCGCGACCGCUCUACACUUUCGAACCUUCGCAACCCACACUCACAACACCUCCCCCCCCUUGUCCUUCACCGGAUCGGGAACGAUGUCCACCACCUCCUAUCCGACCCCGACCCCACCCGUCUCCCCCCCUCAAUGGUCACUCUACACCCCUUCCUACAUCAACCAAGUCCUCAAUGACCAAAUCAACCGAACCAAGUCCUCCCUCGAUCAGAUCGGUUCCUUGAAACCCGAAGACUGUACCUUCGAUGCGACGGUCAGAAGGAUGCAAUUCGAGGAUGGAGAGACCAGUCGCGUUUUGGAACCGGCGUUGUUCCUGCAGUACGUCGCGCGGGAGAAGGAAGUGAGGGAGAAGAGCGUAGAAGCGGAUAAGAAGUUUCAGGUGCGUGCGCUUUCUUUCUCGGAUUUUAAGGAUCAGUUGGAAGAGCGAGCGCAACUGAUCGAUCGUGAACGCACGUCACCAGGAUUUCGCACUUGAAGCCAUGACCAGGAUUGAUGUUUAUCAGGCUCUGCUUCACACUCAAGAUAACAUCAAGAAGCAAGGUCUCAAGCUAGAACCGGAGGAAGAACGCCUCUUGGACAAGAUGAUCCUCGAUCGCAAGAGGGCAGGUCUGGGUCUCCCCGAGGACAAGAGGAACGAGUUGCUCAAGUUGCGCCAAAAGAUCAUGGCGCUCGAAGUCGAUUUCCAAAAGACGUGCAAUGAGGAAAACGGCGCCUUGUUCUUCACGAAGGAGGUGAGUACAGGAUUGGGAGUGCCAACGUGGGAGCUCUCGUCGAGUAUUGAUGCGCUUUCCCCUCUGUUUUUGGCUGCCCGUAGGAAUUGGAUGGCGUGCCCGAAGAAGUCAUCAGUGGCUAUCCUAAAGGAGAGGACGGCAAGUACAAAGUUACCUUCAAGACGCCCGACGUCAUUCCCGUCUUGUGAGUCCUAGUCACUUGUCGAACAUGGUCUCGAAGCAACGAGCUGACACUAGGCCUGUAUCGUCGGACCGGCAGUAAAUACGCUCAUUCUUCAGCGACGCGUAAAGCCGCGACGUUGGGCUACGAAGGCAAGACCCUUUCGAAUGCCCCCUUGCUCGUCGAAAUCGUCAAACUUCGUCAACAAGCGGCCCAACUGCUCGGCUACGCCAAUCACGCCGCUUUCAUCCUCGAAGAAAAGAUGGCCAAGACCCCGGAGAACGUCUUUGAGUUUUUGGAUGACUUGAAAAAGAGGUUGAUGCCUAUUGCGAAGAAGGAGAAGGAGAACUUGUUGAAAUUGAAGAAAGAGGUGGCGGAGAGGACGGGCGAGGCCUACGAGGACGAGUUGUACCUUUGGGAUUCGAAGUAUUUGGAUCGGCUUUUUGUGGAGAGGAAUUUGAAGAUUGGUGAGUUCCGAUUCACGGCAAUUGGUGUGCGUUUUACUGAUCACCAUACUGACGUGUAUAUUUUGGGGACUCGCAGACGAGGAAAAGAUCAAAGAAUAUUUCCCCGUCGCUAAAGUCGUUCCGGCCGUACUGGGUUCGUGACUCGUCGUCGUACUCGAGGAUAUGCCCCAAGAAGCUGACCCUCAUCGUAUACGAUCGUCGGCGGACAGAUCUCUAUCGCCGUCUGUUGAACGUGCAGUUCUUCCGUGUCCCGAAUGCUGAUGUGUGGCACGAAGAGGCUGAUAUGUGAGUUCCGAGUUGGGAACCGUGGGUGGCGAGGAGUCGGGAUGCUGAUGUCGGAUUCGCUGUGAUCAGGUACGCCGUCUGGGACGCCGGAAAUGGCCAAGACGGCAAGCUCGGCAAGUUCUUGGGCUACAUGCACCUCGACCUUUUCCCCCGCGAGAACAAGUGCGUUCGUGUCUUUCUGUGUCGAAGCCUCGUUUCCCCGAGCUGAUUUGGCCGAGGGCCGAAUAUUCCAGGUAUGGACAUGCCGCCGUGUGGGGCUUGAUCCCCGGAUGGACGGGCGCGAAGGGGGAACGCAAUUACCCCGUUGUGUGCAUGGUCGCGAACCUCGCCAAACCGACACCUACUCGACCUGCAUUGAUGAAGCACAGCGACGUCGUCACUUUCAUGCACGAACUAGGUCACGCCUUCCAUGGCUUAUGCUCCGAGACGCAAUUCCCUCGAUUCCACGGUACGGCCGUCUCGAGGGAUUUCGUGGAAGCUCCUUCGCAGAUGUUGGAGAAUUGGACUUGGACGAAGGAACAGCUGCGCGAGUUGAGUAGUCAUUUCGAGAGGGAGGGGGAGAGGUUGGGCGAUGAGGUGAUUGAGAGUUUGGUGAAGAGUAAGAAUGUGAAUCAGGGGUUGUUCAAUUUGAGGCAGUUGCACUUUGGGUUGUAUGAUAGUGAGUCGCGAGAUUUGGGGGAACAGUGGUUUGGUGUUUAGUUGGGUUGGGAUACUGACGUGUGUUUUCACUUCAUUGAUCGCAGUGAAAGUGCAUACGACCGACGUUAACUCGGACUUGACCAAGUUGUGGUGCGACCUUCGAGAACAAGUGACCCUCGUCUCCUCCAAGGGCGAAUACGUGGGCGGGCAAAGCGGCUUCGGUGAGUCCCGCACGUUUCAGCAUCACGCGUCCCACGAUGCAGACGAAGGUGAUGUUGAAUAGCGUUCGGAGGUACUUUACAGCGCACAUCACGGGGGGUUAUUCGGCGGGGUAUUAUGGAUAUUUGUACUCGCAGGUGUUUUCGGCGGACAUGUUCGCGACGGUGUUUGAGCAGGAUCCGAUGAACGCAAAGAGGUACGGGACAUGCCCACAUAUAUAUCGAUCAGUUUUCAAAAGUAUCACUGACCUUUGAUCGUUCCCCACUUUCUUUGUUCGGACAGUGGUCUGGCCUAUCGGGAGAAGAUCCUGCGUCCUGGAGGCUCGAGGGACGAGAUGGACUCGUUGAAGGAUUUCUUGGGCCGGGAGCCGGACAAUAGGGCGUUCUUGAAAGAGUUGGCGCAGGGGGUUUGA